UUUUGUUGGGAUUUUUUUGGAGGCAAGUGAGUCGUUGACUGUAAUCGUUUCAAGAUGGGUUCCUUCAUGGCAAAAGCGAUGGAUGAAAGCUUCAAGAAGAACAAGGUCUUUAUGGAAGAAUCACAGGCGGUAAUGCUGGAACGACAGAUCCAAAUGCAGAAUCAGAUGCGAGAGAGGGCGGUAGCAAUGCAGCUCUCCGGUGCCAGGGAGAUGUUCACCUGGUUCUCCUCGUUCUACGGAGUGACGGCGUUCUUCUGUUUAGCUGGGUUUUUGAAGAGGAAAAACCCAGCUGUUCUUGGUCCCCUUCUCCCCUUGACGUUUAUUCUGGGAUACCAGUAUGACUACACCUACGGAACAAAGGUCCUGAGAAUACGAGAGGGGGCGGAGUCAAUCUUGAAGGAGGAGAGGAACCUGCUACCUGUCCCUCUGGGUCUGCCUAACUUAGCGAGCAUCGAUGCGGCGAGAAAUGCCUCCGAGUCAUCACCAUAAGUAGCCUCAGGAAUAUGUCUGCUUAUUGCAGAGCAGACCGACUGUAGCGUGUUUGUAUCACAUUAGUACAAUUUCAACGCUAGACCCAGUAGUGUAACUGUGGGCAGUUGGAGGAGGUAGGGACCACUAUGUUUUCACCACAAAAAAGCUCAUUGUAAUUCUGAGCAUUGGGGGGGGGGGGGGGGAGGGGCCUCAACAGGGACACAGGCCUAAACAGGAGUUGGACCCGUGCCCCCCCCCCCUAGUUACACCACUGGUUUGAUGGCAGUUUUAAGUGUAUACAAUACAUAAUGAGUUUUCUUUAAUAGUGUCGAGAACAAAAUUGGUAUAUUUUCCAAGAUUUCAGUGUUUCAAACCUGGUUAUGGUCAUCCCUGAUUUUUUCUCAAAGAUUCUUUUAGUAAAACACGGGUGUUGGAAUAGUGAAUUGGUUAAAAUAAAAACGUGGAGAAUAGUUGAUUUCAUUCGGUUUAUAGACUGUAGUCAUAUUUUAUAAAAUUAACUAUGCAGGGAAAGAAGGAAAUUGUUUUUUGUUUAAUAUCUCAUAAGAAAAGUUGACCUGCAUUUAGGAGUCCUUAAAUAAUGAUCAACUUUCGUGGUAUUAUGUGUCUAACGUUGUAUUACUGUACAUGUACUGUGUUCUGAGUGCUAGGAAUUCCCGACAGUAUACAGCCCUGCCUAUUACUGUAUUGCCUGAAACCAGCCGAUAACUCUAUGGUUUGGAUUCUUAAGUGAAUAAACACGAUGUGAUACAAUGUAGUAAAGGUGCUAUUGGGUUAAAUGUCAUGCAAUCCAUUUGUUUUUACUAAAGGGUUCAAAUUCAUCAUUACCGUCAUCCCCGCAGAAAGGAAUACGAAAAAGCUGUGAUAAAAUCUCAAACCAUGACAUAACAGAUUCAUUUUUGCAACUGCAAAUCACUGCGAUUUCCUUCUAUAAUUGUAUACACAGUACAUGUGUAAAAUACAACAUGAUACAUGUACUCUGUAAUAAUACUUCCUCGCAUCAGUUAGAAGGCUGUGCACAAACGAGGAAGUGAAUGAAAUCCUAACGUCCAAUUCAAACACUGCCAGAGGACACUUCCGAAAUCAAAGCGGAUAGAAAAUGUGGUUAGAGUUAGUCAUUGUUGUCUUUUUAAUUUGACAGUCUGUAGCUCUAGCCACUGAUGACAAUCUAUCAGUAGACAGUUAUUUCCAAUCGUAGAUAUUUAUAAAUUUUACAAUAUUUCAUUCUUACUAUAUGAAGAAAUUACAGUUUGGUACAGUCUUGUGCGUUUGUGUAAAAUUAGUUUUAGUGUAUUUCAUUAGAAAAAACUGGAAAAGAAUGUUGCAGCCUGACGCUGCUUUUUCUUCAUAUAUCAUGUCAAUGAAGGUCAGUCAUUGCAAAAAUGAUAAGACAUGAAUCUGGGACUGAGAAACAUUUCCAAUUUUGUUAGGAAAUACUUGAGAAACAUUUCCAAUUUUGUUAGGAAAUACUUGAGAAACAUUUCCAAUUUUGUUAGGAAAUACAUGAAUGUCUAUGAAUUUAAGACUCCAAAAUUACAUUUGAGAGAUUUAUUUGUUUAUUUUAAUGAGUUGAUGGUAUUGUAACAGGGUUAGGAACAGGGCUAGGAAAAACACAUCUGACAAUAUCCUCAAUAAACUCUUCUUAAAUGACACUCCUACAAGGCUACAAUCUUGUAUUCUUUUCAACCUCAAAAUUGGGGGAAAAACACUAAUUUAAAGUCUAUGUUUUCUUAUAAAAGUUGCAAUGGAGAAUUUAUCAAUGCAACAAAACAGUAGACAUUUCUCAGGGGCUAUCCUUUUUGUAAUUUCCAUACUGGUUAGAAAAAAUGAUAAGCCUGCAAAUUUUCAAAUUUGUAGUAUUUUUUUAGUAAUUUAGAAGUUAAAAGAUAUAAAAUUUUAGAUUUUCCAAACAACUGCUACCCAUUUUGUGAAUUUUGUUUUAGAGUCAGAAAACAUUCUAUGAUUCAAAUAAUUGUAAUAAUGAUUUGAAAAAUAAAUAGAUAUUUCUAUU